AUGUUUCGUGCUUUUCUCAACCAGGUUCACUCGGACUGGUUCUGGGUCACGCACAGACUCAGUCAUAACAACAGCUCCAGACGCCGUCGAACUGUCUUUUUGAUCGCGUUAUUCUCGGACUGUCUCUGGUACAAACAGAGGCAGUCUCCCUCACAGCAGUGCGGAUGUGGUGAAGCCUCUGUCUGCUUCUGGCGGAGACAUCAGCGUCUCUGGGACAUCCUUGUUUCCAUGGCGUUCAACAGGGUGUAUUUGCGCAUAGGAUACGCUACGUUGGGCACGCUGUUCGGGUUCUCGGCUUUUCUGGUUUGGAACCUCGCUAUAAAACAGCACUGGACGGCAGCUAUGGGAGGCCUGUCAGGCGUGCUGGCUCUGUGGGUGCUGGUCACUCACAUCAUGUACGUACAAGACUUCUGGCGCACGUGGCUCAAAGGCCUCAGGUUCUUCAUCGGCGUCGGGGUGCUCUUCUCUGUGUUGGCCCUUUCUGCUAUGAUCACCUUCCUGACACUUGCCAUCACGGAGAAGCAAUCGCUCAGUGACCCGCGGAGCCUGUAUCUCUCUGCGGUCUGGAGUUUCCUCACUCUGAAAUGGGGAUUUCUGCUGUCGCUCUACGCCUACAGAUACCGGCAGGAGUUUGCAGACAUCAGCAUCCUCAGUGAUUUCUAG